AUGGGUUCGAUCCAAAACAGAGUUCACUACUGUUGUGUCUCAAGAGACAAUCAGAUUCUGUACGCUUACAAUGGUGGAGACCAACAAAACGAUAGUCUCGCUGCUUUAUGCUUGGAAAAGACUCCGCCUUUACACAAAUGGUACUUCGAAACGAUAAGUAAGAGGACUUUUGUCUACUUAAUGGAAGAUGGGUUUGUUUAUUUCGCCAUUGUUGAUGAUGUUUUAAAGAAAUCUAGCGUUCUUGAAUUUCUUGAGCAUCUGAAAGAUGAGUUUAAGAAAGCCAACAGGAAGAAGAAUUCGAGAGGAGGAACAAUCAGUUUUAGCAAUGUUCAAGACCAGCUUGUUCGAAAACUCAUAGCUUCAUUGGAACAUGUUGCUGAGACUAGUGUUCCAUUGUCAUCACCAACUAUAGAUGUUGUUGAACAAAGCGACGUAGGUACUUCCACGAAAGCUCCGCUUUUGGGAAGAUCCAACAAGCAAGAGAAGAAGAAAGGGAAAGAUCAUGUGAUUGUGAAUACACUUAGGGACAUUGAGAUAGAAGAAAGAAAAUCCACUGAUAGAGUAAAUGUUUCGGAAUGUUCUAAUGUCUCGUCUGCAGAAGCAACAUAUGUUCCAAGACAGGGACGAUCUGGUGGUUCUCAUAGCAUUGAAAGGAAAUGGCGGCGUCAAGUGAAGAUAGUUCUUGCUAUUGAUGCAGCGAUUUGUUUGACGCUGUUUGGUGUUUGGUUGGCUAUUUGUCAAGGCAUUGAGUGUACACGUUCUUGA